GGUUAUCUCAGAUCGCUCUUCUCCCGUGGCAUACCCCCUGAUUCUGGCCAAGUGUAAGACUUCCCUGCACAACUCACCAAGCACAAAACUGCUGUUCGCCGCAAUUCUCACUAUGACCCGCAUAUACCUCCCUCAAGCACAGGCACCCAACCUCGUCUUCUACCCAGCACCCAAGCCCAACGGACAUGGCAUCCUUAUCAUUCCCGGCGGUGGCUAUGCCACCGUCGUCCUGGACGGGGAAGGGUCCGACGCGGUCCAGUUCUUCAACGAUCGCGGCUGGCACGCCUGGGUGCUCGAGUAUAGCACCACGCUCAACGCCCCAGCACCGCUGUACCCCAAGCCAAUCAUCGAAGCCCUCGAGGCCGUCACCCAGAUUCGCGCGCAAGGCGUGCUCACAACCGGGAAACUCGGCGUGGUAGGCUUCUCCGCGGGUGCUCACCUGGCCUCGCUGCUCAGCACAAACAAUUACAACCUGGACCCCAGUACUAGUAAUGGCACUCUCCAGAGAAACCGGCACGUCGACUUCGGCAUCCUGGCCUACGGUGUGAUUUCCAUGGAGACUCCCGCCGCACAUCUACCCUCCAGGGAUCGGCUUCUGGGACCUGAUCCCUCGCCUGAGCUCGCGAGGUCCGUCUCGCCGCAGUAUCUCGUCAACGGACGCACGCCGCCCGUGUUCCUGUUCCACACGGCCAACGACCCCGUAGUCAAGGCCCAGAACGCGCUCGUCUUUGCCAGCGCCAUGGCGGACGCGGGCAGGCCGUUCGAGUUGCUUGUCCUGCCGGACGGGCCGCACGGGGUGCAUCUCGGCGUUGAUGGGCCGAAGGUGGCAUGGCAGGAUAUACUUAAUCGCUGGCUGGGACAGCACAUAUUGUCGUAGACAUCUGGAUGAUGAGGUGUCAGAUGCGCGAUGUCCUAUGCAUGAUGAUGCCGAGUACCUAAUCGCACACAGAUAGAGUCUCGUAGGCAAUUUAAUAGGUGUCCGCGCGGUG